GGUGACCCCUCAGCCAUUGGUUCAUAGUUCAUGUGUUUCCAUUCGUUUGGCUAUUUGUCCCUGUGCUUUAUCCAACCUUGGUCUCAACAAUUCUCGCUCAUAUAAACCCUCCUCAUUCUCCCUAAUUGGACUCCCAGAGCUCCACCCAGGGCCUAGCCAUGGAUCUCUGCAUCCAGAUCCCUCAGUAGUUGGAUGAGGUUUCUAGCAUGACAAUUAGGGUGUUUGGCCAUCCCAUCACCAGAGUAGGUCAGUUCGGGCUGUAUCUCGACCAUUGCCCCAAGAUCCAGCUAUACCACUCUUGGGCAUAUACCCAAGGAAUCCUCAACCACACCACAAGAGCACUCGUUCAGCUAUGUUCCUAUCAGCAUUGUUUGUCAUAGCCAGAACAUGGAAACAACCUACAUGCCCUUCAACUGAAGAAUGGAUAAACAAAAUGUGGUACAUAUACACAAUGGAAUACUACUCAGCAGAGAAAAACAAUGACAUCAUGAGGUUUGCAGACAAAUGGAUGGAUCUAGAAAAAAUCAUCCUGAGUGAGGUAACCCAAACUCAGAAAGACAAACAUGGUAUGUACUCACUCAUAGCAGGAUACUAGAUGUAGAACAAGGAUGACUGGACUGCUACUCACAUCACCAGGGAGGCUACCUGGAAAACAGGACCCCAAGAAAGACACGGGGAUCACCCAAUGACAGAGAAAUGGAAGAGAUCUACAUGAACAGCCUAGGCAUGAGUGGGAGUAGUGAAGGGCGAGGGCCAAGGGAAAGAGAGCUUGGGGGAGCGGGAGAUCCCAGCUGGAUCAACAACAGAGAGGGAGAACAAGGAAUAGGAGACCAUGGUAAAUGAAGACCACAUGAGAAUAGGAAGAAGCAAAGUGCUAGAGAGGCCCACAGAAAUCCACAAAGAUACCCUCACGACUCAUAGAAUCUUAAUUGGCUUAAUCUGUGUGCUUGUCUGUAUCUUUCUCCCGUGGAUUAUUUCAACGUGUGGAUCAUGAUGCACUUCAUGUCCUUAACACUAUUAGAGGAGGGCUAAGCAGGGGAGGCAGAGUGGAGCGCCUCUCUGUGCUGGGGCCAGAAUCUGUGUGAUGCUACCCUCAACUAAUGCGCCUGCUCCCAUCAUGCCAAAGAGAAGAGCCUCUCCCAUAACAAGUGCAUAUAAACACCACCUAUCAGGGAUGAGUGAGAAAGGCACAGGCAUCGGGCAUAUAUAUGGUGUAUAGAUUCAAGGACUUCUUAAAGGCUUGGCUGGACCAGAAGCUGCAAACUCCAGAGGUUCUGGGGAGUCUGUGUGUGGGUAUUGAGGUGAUAGAUAUACCCCUACUGUAAACUGGCAGGGUUGUUGGCCCUAAGCUGUCUCCCUGGGGCAUUGGUGCCCCUGGCAUGAGCUCUCAUCCGUCCAAAUUCCUCCCUCCCAUCCCCACCGCAGAUCUGCCGGACCAGAGCCUCGUGGCCUAGAGGUAGACACUGCAACCCAGGGAGUUUCUGGGUGGAGUAGAGAGCUGCUGGGCAGAUGGGCUGGGAGUUAAUGUUUGAACCUGGCCAUAAAGAAAUCGACAAGCACUGACCUAUGGCCUAUAUCUGAGGAGGAAGAAGCCCCUUAUAAAAUAGCCAAGAGGGGGUGGCCUGGCAGGCAGAGCUGCUGUGGUCAGCUGUGGAAAGGGAGCCUCAUCGCCACCAUGAACUUCACCGGCAAGUACCAACUGCAGAGCCAAGAGAACUUUGAGCCCUUCAUGAAGGCAAUGGGACUGCCUGAUGAUCUCAUCCAGAAGGGGAAGGACAUCAAGGGGGUAUCAGAAAUCGUGCAUAACGGGAAGCAUGUCAAACUCACCAUCACCUAUGGGCCCAAAGUGCUCCACAAUGAGUUCACCUUGGGGGAGGAGUGCGAGCUGGAGACCAUGAAUGGGGAAAAGGUCAAGGCCGUGGUUACUAUGGAAGGUGACAAUAAGAUGGUGACAAGUUUCAAGGGCAUGAAGUCCGUGACCGAACUCAAUGGCGACACAAUCACCAACACCAUGACACUGGGCGACCUUGUCUACAAGAGAAUCAGCAAGAGAAUUUAGACAAAGCUUCAUUUCAUAUUCUUUUACAGUGUAAAAUUUAUACAAUAAAGUUACCUUUGUUUUG